CCCACCCCAUUCCUAUUCCCAUUCCCUUUCCAGCCGGUGUCCCGGGGGCUGCUCCGGACCGUUUUGCAGCCGCAGACUCGCCCCACACCAGAAUGGCAGCAUCGGAGCUUUUCACCAAGUUUGCCAGGGUGUGGAUCCCUGACACAGAGGAUGUUUGGAAAUCUGCUGAACUUCUCAAAGACUAUAAACCAGGAGACACAGUGCUUCAUCUGAAAUUGGAGGAUGACAAGGAGACUCAACAUAAAAUUGAUCCACAAACCAAGGAACUUCCACCUCUACGGAACCCUGACAUUCUUGUGGGUGAAAAUGAUCUCACGGCGCUCAGUUAUCUCCACGAGCCUGCAGUUCUGCACAACCUCAAAGUACGCUUCAUGGAUUCGAAACUCAUCUAUACUUAUUGUGGUAUUGUUUUGGUAGCCAUCAACCCUUAUGAACAGUUACCUAUCUAUGGAGAAGAUAUCAUCAAUGCCUACAGUGGGCAGAACAUGGGAGACAUGGACCCUCAUAUCUUUGCUGUGGCCGAGGAGGCAUACAAACAAAUGGCCAGAGAUGAGCGGAAUCAAUCUAUCAUUGUAAGUGGAGAGUCUGGAGCAGGGAAGACCGUUUCAGCUAAAUAUGCCAUGCGAUACUUUGCAACAGUCAGUGGUUCUGCCAGUGAGGCUAAUGUGGAAGAGAAGGUUCUGGCCUCCAACCCCAUCAUGGAGUCAAUUGGGAAUGCAAAAACGACCAGAAAUGAUAACAGUAGUCGAUUUGGGAAAUACAUUGAAAUUGGGUUUGACAAGAGAUAUCGUAUCAUAGGAGCGAACAUGAGAACCUACCUAUUGGAAAAAUCAAGAGUUGUGUUUCAGGCGGAGGAUGAAAGAAAUUACCAUAUUCUCUACCAGCUGUGUGCCUCUAAACAUUUACCAGAAUUCAAAGCUCUCAGGCUGAGCCAUGCCCAAAAUUUCCAUUACACGAAUUUAGGAGGCAGCCCUGUAAUUGAGGGAAUAGAUGAUGCUAAAGAAAUGAGGAAUACAAGGCAGGCUUGCUCUUUACUAGGUAUUAAUGAGUCCUACCAGAUGGGUAUCUUCCAUAUUCUUGCAGCUGUUCUUCACUUGGGGAAUGUGGCAAUUAAAUCGAAUGAGCGUGAUGCGGACAACUGCUUUAUCCUUCCUAAUACCGAACACUUGAUCAUCUUCUGUGAUCUGCUGGGCGUGGACUACGAACAGAUGGCUCACUGGCUCUGCCACAGAAAGAUUGUUACUGGCUCAGAGACUUAUAUCAAGCCCAUGCCCAAGUUUCAGGCCAUCAAUGCCAGGGAUGCCCUGGCGAAGCAUAUCUAUGCCAGUGUCUUCAACUGGAUUGUCCACCAUGUCAACAAAGCUCUACACGCUUCAAUAAAGCAGCAUUCAUUCAUCGGAGUGCUGGAUAUAUAUGGGUUUGAAACUUUUGAAAUAAACAGUUUUGAACAAUUUUGCAUCAAUUAUGCCAAUGAAAAAUUACAGCAACAGUUCAAUAUGCACGUGUUCAAGUUGGAGCAGGAGGAGUAUAUGAAGGAACAGAUCCCAUGGACACUAAUAGAUUUUUAUGACAAUCAACCUUGCAUCAAUUUAAUUGAAGCUAAACUUGGCAUUCUGGACCUAUUGGAUGAAGAGUGCAAGAUGCCCAGAGGAUCUGAUGACACUUGGGCUCAGAAGCUGUACAACACUCACUUAAACAAGACUACACUAUUUCAUAAACCACGCUUGUCAAACAAGGCCUUCAUUAUCCAGCACUUUGCUGACAAGGUUGAGUACCAGUGUGAAGGGUUUUUAGAAAAGAACAAGGAUACUGUGUAUGAAGAACAGAUCACGGUACUGAAGGCGAGUAAGAAGUUAAAUCUGCUUGCGGAGUUAUUCCAUGAUGAGAAGCCAGCCACCAGCCCAACUGAAGGACGGCCUUCAGUUGCCAGGGCAACUGUGAAAUCUGCCAAGCCUCGAGCACUGCAGCCAAGCAAAGAGCACAAGAAAUCGGUGGGACAUCAGUUCCGUAAUUCCCUUCACCUGCUGAUGGAGACCCUCAACGCUACAACACCUCACUAUGUGCGAUGCAUUAAACCCAAUGAUGACAAAUUUGCUUUCACCUUUGAUCCAAAACGAGCAGUGCAACAGCUUCGAGCUUGUGGUGUGCUGGAAACCAUUAGAAUAAGUGCAGCAGGCUUCCCAUCGAGGUGGACCUAUCAAGAAUUCUUCAACCGCUAUCGUGUCCUGAUGAAGCAAAAAGAUGUCCUCAGUGACAAAAAGCUGACUUGCAGAAAUGUCCUGGAAAAGUUAAUAAAGGAUCAGGACAAGUAUCAGUUUGGUAAAACCAAGAUUUUCUUCCGUGCCGGGCAAGUGGCCUACCUGGAGAAGCUGCGAGCGGACAAGCUGCGAGCUGCCUGCAUCAGAAUCCAGAAAACCAUCCGAAGCUGGUUACAGCGGAAGAAGUACCUGCGCAUGCGGAAAGCUGCCAUCACUAUUCAGCGAUAUGUGCGGGGCUACCAAGCCAAAUGCUAUGCUCAAUUCCUCCGUAGGACCAGAGCAGCAAUCCUCAUCCAAAAAUUCCAGCGUAUGUACUCUGCUUGGCAAAAGUUCCUGCGUAUCCGCUCAGCAACCAUUGUUAUCCAGUCUUUUGUCCGAGGCUUUCGGGGAAGACGACAAUUCAAGGCCAUCCUCCGGGAACAAAAAGCUAUCAUUCUUCAGAAGCACGUGCGCAGCUGGAUGGCGAGGAGCAAGUACAAGAGGACCCACCACGCCAUCAUCUACUUGCAGUGUUGCUACCGCCGCAUGAUGGCAAAGCGCGAGCUUAAGAAAUUGAAGAUUGAAGCGAGAUCUGUCGAGCACUACAAAACCCUCAACAUUGGCAUGGAGAACAAGAUUAUGCAGCUGCAGUGCAAAGUCAAUGACCAGACUAAAGAGAUGAAAUCUUUGCUGGAGAAGUUGAGUGGUUUGGAGACUACUUACACCAACGAGACGGAGAAGUUACGGACUGAGGUCGAUCGGCUCCGUGCGAAUGAAGAAAGUGCCAAAGUGUCCUCCAACAAGAUUACCAGCCUGAUGGAGGAGAUCGUGAUUCUCCGCAGGGAACUCAAGGAAACUCAGGCUCAGAAGAAACGUCUUGAAGAAGGAGCAGAUAAAUACAAAGCAGAAACGGACCUGAUGGUGUCCCAGCUUAAAGAACAGAACGCUUUGCUGAAGAAUGAGAAAGAGGAGCUGAAUCGUCAAAUCCAGGAACAGGCCAAAGAGAUAACAGAAUCUAUGGAGAAGAGGAUGGAAGAAGAGACCAAACAGCUUGAGAUUGACCUUAACGAUGAAAGAUCCAGGUACCAGUCUCUGCUUAAUGAGUUCUGCCGACUGGAGGAACGCUAUGAUAACCUGAAGGAGGAAAUAUCUUUGGUCAACGUUACAAAGCCUGGUCAUAGAAGGACAGACUCCACGCACAGCAGUAAUGAGUCAGAAUACACGUAUAACUCUCUGCUUUCCUCAGAUCCUGGAGAACCUGAGGAUGGAACGAGAAGAAUGGAGGAAUUUCCUGAACAGAAGGGCGCUCUGGAUAUGUCCCUGUUCCUGAAACUACAGAAGCGUGUGUCUGAACUGGAACAGGAGAAACAGGCCUUGCAGGAAGAACUGGAUAGGAAAGAGGAUCAAGCACUAAGAAGCAAAGCAAAGGAGGCAGAGGAUCAAGGAGUUAAAGCCAGGGGAGCUGAACUGGAAUAUGAAUCGCUCAAGAGGCAAGAAUUAGAGUCCGAGAAUAAGAAGCUAAAGAAUGAACUGAAUGAACUGCAUAGAGCUCUGAGCGAGAAGGCCUCCCCAGCAGUUACAGCCCCUGGUUCUCCUGCGUACAAAGUUCUACUUGACCAGCUGACUGCGUCAAGUGAAGAGCUGGAGGUUCGGAAAGAGGAAGUUCUUAUUCUGCGAUCCCAGCUGGUCAGCCAAAAGGAAGCUAUGGCGCAUAAGGAAAGCAAGGAGACGAUGACGGAGCCGAUGGUCCUCUUGGAAGAUAUAUGUAAGAUGAAGGAUCAAGGGGAAAUAACCCAAGCAUACAUGGGACUGAAGGAAACCAACAGACCGUCACAGGACUGCCAUUUGCUGAAUGAGGAUGGAGAGCUCUGGAUGGCUUAUCAAGGGUUAAAACAAACCAACAGAUUACUGGAAUCUCAGCUUCAGGGCCAGAAAAAGAAUUAUGAGAACGAGUUGGAGAUUUUACAUGGGGAGGUUCAGAAUCUCAAGGAGGAGAUAAAUCGUCAACAGCAGCUAUUGGCCCAGAACUUGCAACUGCCACCUGAGGCCCGAAUUGAAGCCAGUUUGCAACAUGAGAUUACUAGAUUAACCAAUGAAAAUCUUUAUUAUGAGGAGUUAUAUGCAGAUGACCCCAUGAAGUAUCAGUUCUACAGGAUUUCGCUUUACAAACGGAUCAUUGAUCUCAUGGAACAAUUGGAGAAACAAGACAAGACUGUCCGGAAGCUGAAAAAGCAACUCAAAGUAUUUGCAAAGAAAAUUGGUGAACUGGAAGUGGGCCAGACAGAGAAUGUAUCUCCGGCUCAGCUAGCAGAUGAACCCAUCCGUCCUGUAAAUAUUCCAAGGAAAGAAAAGGAUUUCCAAGGAAUGCUGGAGUACAAGAAGGAUGAUGAGCUUAAGCUUAUCAAGAAUCUUAUACUAGAACUAAAGCCUCGUGGUGUGGCUGUGAACCUGAUCCCUGGACUGCCAGCGUACAUCCUGUUCAUGUGCGUGCGUCAUGCUGACUACAUAAAUGAUGAUCAACGAGUGCGAUCCCUGCUGACAUCAACUAUUAAUGGAAUCAAGAAAAUCUUGAAGAAACGAAGUGAUGACUUUGAAAUUGUCUCAUUCUGGUUGUCCAACACUUGUCGCUUCUUGCAUUGUCUCAAGCAAUACAGUGGAGAAGAGGCGUUCAUGAAGCACAACACUCCUCGUCAGAAUGAUCAUUGCUUGAGAAACUUUGAUCUGGCUGAAUACAGGCAGGUCAUAAGUGACCUGGCAAUUCAGAUAUAUCAACAACUCACCAAGGUCAUGGAAAAUGUCUUGCAGCCAAUGAUCGUUUCAGGUAUGUUGGAACACGAGACUAUUCAGGGAGUGUCUGGACUAAAGCCCACAGGUCUUCGGAAGAGGACUUCCAGCGUUGCAGAUGAAGGAACCUAUACCUUAGAUUCCAUUGUUCGGCAGCUGAAUAAUUUCCACUCCACAAUGUGCCAGCAUGGCAUGGAUCCAGAGCUCAUCAAACAGAUCGUCAAGCAGAUGUUCUACAUCAUUGGAUCUGUCACCCUUAACAACUUGCUCCUUCGCAAGGACAUGUGUUCAUGGAGCAAAGGAAUGCAGAUCAGGUACAAUGUGAGCCAGCUUGAGGAGUGGCUGCGGGACAAGAACCUGCAGACCAGUGGUGCAAAAGAAACUCUAGAGCCUUUAAUUCAGGCUGCACAGCUACUGCAAGUGAAAAAGAAGACUGAUGAGGACGCAGAGGCCAUUUGCUCUAUGUGCAGUGCUCUGACCACAGCUCAGAUUGUGAAAGUCCUAAAUUUGUACACUCCUGUUAAUGAAUUUGAAGAGCGUGUAACUGCCUCAUUCAUACGUACCAUUCAGGUGCGUUUACAAAAUCGAAAAGACUCUCCUCAGCUGCUAAUGGAUGCAAAACACAUAUUCCCGGUUACAUUCCCAUUCAAUCCGUCGUCUUUAGCACUGGAAAGCAUUCAGAUUCCAAGCAGCAUGAACCUUGGAUUCCUGCUGCGUGUCUGAGGAACACUUAAAUUUACAUUGGUCAGAGAAUUAGCAUCCCCAUUCCCUACACACGGCUAGAGUAAUGUUAAAAUAUCUGCAUUAUAAAGGAAUGUGCACUGAAAGUAAAGAAUGCCAAACACUUUCAUGCAGCACCUGGUGAUGGCUGCUACUGUGCAGCUCUAAUGAAUAUACUUUGAAUUUAACAACUGUAAAUUAAGGUUGUGUCAUAGUUUAAUUAUUAGGAAUCUGAAUUAAGGGGAAGUAAAACUGCCAUAUAUAGCACCAUUUGUCUAAUAUCUAUUAUUUAAGUCAAUAUAUAAAUGAUGUAGAAUACAAAGGUCUGUUAGAAUAUAAUCUAGAGAUUAUGUUGUUAGUUUUGGUGUUUUGCUUAGCACAUUGAUAGUUACCCUGUUCAGUGUCCUCUGACUGUGGUGAACUACACCCGUUUAGCACCACGCCAUGUAGUGUUGAGUUGCAAGUCACUAAAAAAUAUUUCAUGCCAACGUUACACUUUUUUCAAAUCAGUUUUAAUCUUGAUUUAUGCAAGUAGUAACCACUAUUUUAAAUUCCAAACGUGACUUAAAGCACAAAAACAUGCAGAGGGAAAAAUAUUAAAUUCUCAGAUUGACUGUAAAGCUAUGUGGCAGCAGAUAAAAAUACUGCAGGUUGAACAAAACUUUUUUUUCAGUAUUUGAGGUUGUAGUAGUUUAUUUCCCUUUUAAGUUCGCCUUAUUGGAAUCUCAUAAAACUAAACAAUACAGGAAUAGCUCAAUUAUUUCAUUUGUUACUGUGCAUGUUGGGGCAAAAGAAGGCAAAUAUAGAAUUAGCAUUAGAAGUGUUUUUUUCCCCCCAGUAUUUGCAGUACAGUAUUUAGUGACCUUAGGGGUCAGACCUCAUGCAGGUUGCGGUGAUUAAGAUGCCGGCAUCACCCUAACCGGGCAGCCUCAGCCUCAAUUCCCCCAAGUUCAUGAUGUUACAGGUCUACUGUAGAUUCAAUUCUGAAAGCUCUCAACCCAGAUACGCCCAAUUUAGUGGCUGCUAUGACUGGAAUUAGAGCCAAUAUUAAGUUCAUAAUCACUUUAUGGUGGCCAAAAAAUAUAAUUAUUGCACCCUUUAUUGUUUACAUACUUAAGUUAUUAAAUAUAUUGACCAAGCAUCCAAUUUCAGAAACCUGAUUUUCCGAGUGAUAGUAUACAUAUCUAAAUGGCGUGCCUAUUUAUAAUCCUAUUGGAUACCUGAUAUUUAAUUGAAAACUAUGGUGUUUCUAGAUCCCACAGAGUAAAAGUUGAUAAGCUACUCUGCAGAUUUACAGAAUAGUUUAUAAGUUCUACAACUAUCAUCUUGUAAAUCAAUGUUGGGCAACAUUUUGAUAAAAACAUUACUGAAUCUGUGUCGCACUCCUUGUCUAUUUUCUGUUUUUACAUUUUUGUACAUUUUCAAUCUAUUGUCUUAAAAUAUAAAAUUCCCUAGAGCCUUACCUUUCCCUUUUAUUAGGUGGCUUGCUUAAUUCAAUCCAUUACAAAAUGAAUAAAAGCAUAAAGUGGUUUAGUUAUCCAAAAACGUGUGUGUUUGUGAAGGGGGCAAAUGCUGCAGACAGAAAAGGAUUUAAUUUUUAAAAAUUGUCUGGGAAAUCAAUAUAGCCCAAAUUGAUAGUUGUCACUCCACAAUAUUGUACCUAUUCUUCAACAGUAUUUUUUUCUUUUUCAAAAAAAAACCACACAAACCAGGGUAUAAGGUAAAAAUUGUCUUUUGAAUCUCAGCACAUGUAGAACAAAAUAAAAGUUGUGUUGCCCAUCAUGGUGUUGAGACAAUAUGAAGGCAAUCUUCCUUUGAAAUAUUGGUUAUGCACUUUAGUUAAAUCCUACGCGUAUAUAUAUAGUCCUAUGUUUUCUGCUUAUAUUGUAUUUUACUUUUUUGUAUCAUAAACUGUUAUGAAACGUAACUACAUUAUUAGUGGUUAGUGUUAAGGAACUGGAGAUAUUUAAAAUAUCAACAGCAGUCAGCUGAAAACACAAUUGCUGUUGCAUUACCUAGAUCACUAAUGUUGACCAUGGAUGAAUACUUCUGUAUUAUCCAGCUAGCAAACAAUGACUAUUGAUGUACAGAAAAGCUCUGAAAACCCUGUAGCAUUUCUUGUUUGUUGCAAUUAGUAAAUGUGUGCAUCAUGGCAAAUGUAUAUUGAAUUAGGGUAACGUCCAACCUGUAAAAAAUAAAUAAAAAUUUCAACAGUA